UCUGCAGAAGCCUAGCCUAUGGGUCAGAUGCUUCUCUCGUCAAUCCGUUCGGGCAAAGUGCGUAGGUAGCAGUGAAGUUAGAUCGUUGAUUAACAAGAGCAGGACAGGUCUGCCAUGUGUCGUCGCAUCCGAUUGUUGAUUAUUCUCGCCGGUGGUUUAUUGCUUCUGCUGACGGUCGUAAAGCGAUGUGAGGCCAUCGUCGGUGGAAUACGGUCGGCGCCACCCCCAGUGGAUGAUCCGGUAGUGUUUGUACGUUAUGUGGGGAAAUCCGCCCGGGUCGAAGGUACACGGAGCCGACAGACGGGCCUCUAUUCCUUCCGAGGAAUCCGCUAUGCAGAGGCACCCGUUGGGCAGUACCGGUUUCAGAGGCCAACUUUUAAAAGAUUGAGUGGCGACGUGAAUGCGAUCGAUAAUGGACCGCCAUGCCCUCAGCCAGAGCCUAACAACCCUUACAAAGUAAUUGGAAACGAGGACUGUCUGCUGCUGAACGUGUUUACACCCCAGAUGCCCGAUGAAACGACCGGUUUACCGGUUGUUGUGUGGAUUCACGGUGGGGGAUAUCGCUACGGCUCGGCAGCGCAAUAUGGUGGCGAGCCUUUAACACAGAAUGGAGUCAUAUUUGUUCCAAUCCAAUACCGUUUAGGAUCGUUUGGUAUGAUAGGCGAUGGUAGCCGAGAUUUCUCAGGAAAUCUUGCUUUAUUAGAUAUGGCGUCAGCAGUGCGCUGGGUGAAGGAUUACAUUUCAUGGUUUGGAGGAGAUCCUAAUCAGAUAAAAGUUAUUGGCCAAGGUUCAGGAGCUACAGCCGCAAUGAUUUUAACAUCCGCCACAAUGGCUCGUAGCUCAAUAUCGGGAGUAGUGGCCAUGUCGGGAUCAUCUUUGCAGCCAAACACCUAUGACUCUGAGCCGGUUACAUCACUGAAAGAAAUAGUGUCAAAGCAUGAUUGCUCGGCUGGUAAUGAAACCGAGAUUGUGAAGUGCAUGAGAGGAAAAACUGUUCAAGAUAUCAUAAAAGUUGAUAGUGAACUACAAGUCAGUAGACUGAGCGACCAAGGAGCAGUGAAAGCCUUGACAGGGCACGUUGGUGUUAAUCCAGCUGUAGAACAAAAAGACGACGGUCGAGGAUUGUUGGGAGUCAUGACAGAAAAACCCGAAGAGUCUAUCAGUCGCGGAGAUUUCCCCAAAAUUCCUCUUCUAAUAGGUGUAACUAAAGAUGAAACGGCAAACUUCAUUGAUGUAAAAGAAAUUGAAACAGCGUUCACUUCGCCGACAAACUUUUUGAAAAGUACUAGCAAAAUUGUAGGACUUGACGGUUUUCUCAAUUCCAACAAAUCUGUUCCGCUUUUGGAUUCAUUGGGCACGGUGUUGGACUUGACACGAUAUUUGGAAAUACCAAAAGCAUGGAAUGUAACUCAAAUAUUUGGAAAGCUCGUGGAAGCAACAACUGAUGCCGUAUUCAAUCUCCCUGCCAUAGUGACAGCCCAAGCGUGGAGUAAAUCUUCAAAAUCGUUUUUCUACAGUUUUGAGCAUCGGUCUGAUAACACCAAGGGAAGUGAUUUCCUAAAAGGUCUCCCACUAGUCGCGAAGUCGAAUCACGAGAAGCAGAAAAUGCUCGUUGCUCACGGGGACGAGCUGGGCAUUCUUUUUGAUACGUUCGAUGUACACGGUAAUCCUAUUGAAAAAGCAACGGUUAAGUCCAAACGUGACAUCAAUGCGAGAAAGGCGUUUGCUACAUUUAUUGCCAAAUUUGCCCAUAUGAACGCCAGCAACCCGAGGGAUGAUAGUUUGUUCAAACCUUUUAGCACCAAAGGAACGCCGUACAUUAAGAUUGGAGAACAAAUUACUACAGAGAAUGAUUUUAGAUUUUGUCAACUCUCCAUCUGGGGAGCCCAACUGGAAGCGCUGCAAUCAAUUUCCUGUCAAUUUUUAGGCGAUGGACUUGGAAGCAUAGGAAAAGUUGUUAAUCAGUUGACUGGAAUAAUCAGUAAUCCACGUCCUUCCGUGCCAAAUAGAGUUUUCGGAAUUUUCUAAUUAAUUUUGCUUGCUAUGGAAUGUGUAUCAACACUCGCAGAAAUUAUUAGGUUUCGUAAAAAGAUCUAUCAAUAAACGGCCAUUGCCUACAUGUCAGUGUUGUCUUAUUAAAAACCACAAUUGU